GCAGUUGGCGGACGAGCUCCCGGCCCAGCUGUCGGAGCUGGGGCUACGCCCCCGAGCGAUGGCCAAGCCCUCCUUCACAGUCCGCACCCUCAUCAAAGACGAUGAAGAGAGGGCCCUCAAGUUCUUGAGAAGGUUUUUCUUCCGAGACGAGCCCAUGAACCAGGCUGUGAACCUCCUGGAGACUCCUGACUCCAGAUGCCCAGAGCUGGAGGAGUACUCCGCCAGUUCCAUCGACCAGGGCAACUCCGUGGUGGCGGUCGACGAGGCAGGAGAAUUCGUGGGGCUGAUCAUCAACGGAAUCGUUAACAGAGAGGAUGUGGACUACUCAGACAAAUCCGAGGAUUGCCCCAACCCGAAGUUCAGGCGGAUCCUCCAGGUGCUGGGACACCUGGACAGGGAAGCCAAGAUCUGGGAGAAGCUGCCAGAAAGCUGCCAGAAGGUCAUGGAGGUCAGGAUCGCGUCUACCGACUCCUCUUGGAGGGGGAGAGGACUGAUGAGGGUGCUUUGCGAGGAAUCUGAGCGUAUAGCAAGAGCAGAAGGUGCAGGGGCUAUGCGCAUGGACACCACUUCUGCCUACUCCGCCGCGGCCGCCCAGAGGCUCGGCUACAGACCAGUGUACGAGGUGGCUUAUGCUGAGUUGCCCUAUGCGCCGCAGCCGCCCGCCCCUCAUGAGAUCGCCAAAGUAUACAUCAAAGAGCUGUGAAGAAUUAAAAAUUACUACGUAGUCUCACCUACCAUAUAAUAUUAUUACUGUAAUAUUGUAGCAUUGUAGGAAGCACUAUUUUAGAGUAGGAAGCAGGUACUUUUUGGCUUUGAAUCAUAUCUUAAAGAUGUUAUUUGUAUAUUGUGUGAUACCAAAUUAUUUAAAGUGGUGAUAAUUUAUUGUAAACGUACAAAUUCACAAACCAUAGGUUUGAAAGAUUGUGAUAAAGUAACAAAAUUAUUGCAAAAAAUAAAAAAAAAUGGUAUUUAUAUCAGUUAUACGAGUAUCACCUAUUUAAUUGCAUUAGAAAUGUAAUUGUACUUAUUCUUCUAAUGUAGAAAAAGGCUGGAUGCAGGCUGCUACCAAUCGAUCAACGUGAAAAGCAUUAGGGGAGGCCUAUGUUCAGCAGUGGACGUCCUAUGGCUGAAAUGAUGAUGAUGAUGAUGAAUGAAGAAAAAUGGUUGACUGAAUAUUUGGUAUAUUAUCCUUAAAAUUUAACCAAAAAGGAUAUUACCCUAAUAUCACUAUUAUUACAUUCCCGUAACUUAUGAAUAAUUUUCUUCAACAUCUUGUUAAAUACUAAAAAUAAUAAAUCAAAUAACAACCAGUGAAAAACAGAAAAUCACAAAAUCAUAAAUCGAUAAUGUAAGUACCUUUAUAACGCCUACUUAUUUUGAAACGAAGCAAUCGUUGCUUCAAGAAAUAUUGCUAACAAAAUACUGUAAGUAAACUUGGAAGCGGAAAACCACUUAUUUUUACCUAUUGAAUUAGUGUGAUGUGUAGUUCCUUAUUGUUAAGUAUUAUUUAGUUGUGAUAAUAGAUACUGUAAGCUGAAUAUUCUGAAAGAAUUCAUCAAGAAUUUAUGCGUGUACAUAUUUGGCGAUGCAAAACAAAGUCAAUUGUGAAAGUCAAUGUAAUUUGAUCAUUAAACAUGUGGAGUAGA